GAACAUAAACUGAACCAGAUUACGUAAAUAUCCGAUAUCCGAACACCUCUUAUUUCGUUUUAUUUUAUUUUUUUGUCAAACAUUUUUUUUAUCUUAAAAAUUAAAACUAAACUUAACCGAAAAUGUAUGCAAAUUUCUUAAAUACAACUGCACAUAUCUCAUCAUGUCUUAACUUCACAAUGUUUCUUCUUUUUUCAGCCAAGGGUUACAAACAGAAAAGUCCAAGUUGACUGAUUUGAGUCAGCCUAACCACGUUUCUAGAUAGUUUGUGAGCUUUACCAGUAAUGUAGAUCACAGUUUUUGAGAAUGCAAUCUUCACUCUUUUGGUUGGCUCUAACUAGUUUAACAUGUAAAAGUGAAUAUAAAUUGUUUUCUGUAAGCAGUUCCAUGCCUCAGUUGUACAAAAUGAAGUUUUCGCAUACGACAGCCACCUUUAAAAAAAAGUAAAAAAUAAUAGAGCAUAUUUUUAUUAGUUACUGCUUUAAUUAAGGUUUUUUUAUCAAUUAUAUUAUUUUAAUCGAUAUAAUAAAAUAUGUUUACAUAUAUGGAUUUAGAUAAACUGGAUAUGGACUUAGAUGAAGUGAAUUAUAGAAAGCUAAUUGUUAUGCUCUUAUGGUUUACCUGAUAACAUUUUAACUGUUUUAGUAGUUAAAUAACCAAACAAACUUUGUACUGAACCAAAGUUUCAUCUUAAUUUUAUGAUUGUGUUGCUAAAAAAACGAUAAAAGAAAGAAUAAAAAAGAAAAAUAGUAAACUUAUUAUAAUGAAUAUUUAGUUUGUUAGUUUUAAGUUACUUUUUCUAUGUAUUGAUAUUAUUUAAUAUAGCAUUCUUUUUUUUUUGAAAAACUGAGGUAUUUCAUCUUCAACAGCUUUUGUCAGUAUGCUUUACCAUCAAGCCAAGUACUUCUUUAGCUUGUCCUUAUUUUUCAUGGCUUUCAACAUAAAGCAGGCGAACCCGUAUAUGUAUUAUGUCCUGUAUUCAAAGAUGUUAUUGAGUAUUGUAUCUGUUAUCAAAAGAUUCAUGUGGCGUAUAAUACAAGUAACCAAGCAUAAACUAAUCAUCCGAUCUUCUUUCAUUGUCACUGAUAAUAGGUAUUUGUAUAGUAAAACAUGAUCAAAUUCAAUUUGCUUUCUGUAGAAAUACUUCUAGUAAAACGAAAAGGCAAAUUAUCUUGGUGGUGACUCGUGAAGACAUGUCAAAACUCAAAAGUAACAAGCACAUAACCCCAUAGUAUUGUAGCUUGUCACUUCCUAUAAGAGCAUCAUCCUCUAGCCAAGACAUAUCAUCUUUAUAGAACUCAUCUACAGCAUAUUGGUCCCAUAGGGUACCCACUUCGUCUCCAGUUCCUAUAACAUUUCCAAAAACAUUUAGCCAUAAUUUAAGAAAACAAUAAACCAUGAACACUUGUAACAUUCUUGCCAUAUAGAUCGUACAAGCAAAGCCCACAAGCCAUGAAUUAGUAUGAUUAUCCAGGACACACAACAGCAAAAUGGGACUAAAAACCAAUAUACAAGACCAGCUGAUCACAUUCUAAAUUUGAUUAGUGGACAAUGUGUUUGACGCGAUUACCUAGUACUUGAAGCUUUAUUCUCCACACUUAUGUGAUCAGUCUCAGACUCUCAUUGUUGUUUACUUUGCAGCAUCACAGAUACAUGUCUUCGUAAAUAGACCCCACUUCUUUCUUAAUUGACAAUAUAUUCUUACAUUAUUUUAUUGAAACUACAACUUGCUAUGUUAUUCCAUGAGUUGUGAAUACUGACUCUUCGCAAUCUAUAUAGUUAGCCCAUGAGUUCAAUUCUUUAUAUAUAUAAAAACUACCAUAUCUUAACUUGGUUUUUUUUUUUUUUUUUUUUUUGAAACACUCCAUAUCUUAACUUGGUUAUAUAUUUCUUUUAGAGAACUAUUAAAUCUUGUCCCACAACCUCUUAAACAUCUAAAAGUAAAAAACGACGAUCUAAAGCUAGCUCAAUGAAGAUCACGAAAGGUUGUUGUUGAAAAGAUGCUUAAAACUGUAAUGGACAAAAUCAUCGUCUCGGUUCUCAAAGUUAAAGACAGCUCUCAUGUAUCAAAAUUGACAUAAAUAGAAAACAACAUGAUCCACAGGCCCGUUCCUGCUAUAAGGCAACUAAAACAUCUGCUUUAGGCCACAAAAUAUAAAGAACACAUUAAGACCACAUGUCACUGAGUAUUAGUUAGGUCAAAUGGUUUAGUACGUAGUUCAAUUUGAGUUAGUAUAUCCUAGUUCGAUCUUUCUUUUGUCCAACAUAGUUUUAAUUUUUACCAUUCGAUGACUAUGUAUUUUUUUGUAUUGGUUUAGUGUUACUAUUUAUUGUUGGUAUUUGUAUAAGAGGCCACAUUUUUUUUUGUGCUCUAGGCCACCCCAAAUUAUGGGACGGCACUGAUGAUCCACCACAAGAUAAUUACUAAUUGGGGCAAUCAACUAAUGUUAGCGUAAAUGGUCACUUAGAGAAAUUCAGAUUCACUUUAAAAUAGGUUUUUGAUGAACAAAAUUUCGCGAAAAAUCAAGGAAAAAUCGAACCAAGUACAUGAUUACUAAUGAACAUUAAUUUGAUUAGUAUCUUUUAGUUAUUUCAAUGUGUCCAUCUGAAUUGGGUCACCGACUGAUUACCCACCAGCCAAAUGUGUUUGCUGAACAAAUGUUUAUGCUUAACAUCUUAGAUACGUCCAGUUUCUGGACUUGUAUAAACAGCUUUGCCAGCUUGAACGUGAAACUGUUGAGACUGAGCAACUAUUUGUACCGUCCCUUUCGAUUUCAUUAACGAACAAACCGCAAAGAGUCAAAAAAUAAAAUAAAAUAAAGUGGGCAGAAUGCUUAUGAUCAUUAUGCACUCGUACGAGGGGAUCCAAAUUAACCUUCAUAUAUGCAUCCUAGUUUACAAAAUGUACAUAUGAAUAAACGAAAUUUAUGAAUGAUUAAUCUCUUUGAAAACUAUAUAUAAACUGGUCUAGUGGUUACUGAAUUUGCUAACUAAUCAUAUAUGAGAAUUAGACAAAUAUUCUCUCCUUAGCAAAACCUAAUAUGGAUAACAAAUCAUCUGCUUUUGUUAGCUCCCAAAUCAGAUAAUGAACUUAUUUAAAUAUCUGUGAGAAGAAAAUUACAAACAUAAGAUUCAAAUGAAACAAGAAUAGGUAUGUCUUGUCCAUUAGAACCAGACCCACCAAUUUGAUAAACUGUUGUUUUUCUUUUGUAUCUUCCCUAUCAAACUUCGUUUUUACUCUUUUUGUCUCUUUGUUUCUUUAAUUCCUUUGGUGUUUCAACAUUUUGACGUGGAAAAUGAGAUUCCUAUUUCUUUUUAGUCUAAUUUCUAUAUGACUUUAUGAAUAAAUAGAUAUUCCUUGCUUGUUAGACAUAUCUUUCUACCUCAUAGAAAUAAUAUUUUAAUCUGUUUUCUGGGGUCGUAACAGUAAUAGUGUAAUUGUUUUUCUAAUUGUAACAUUUUUAACUUUAUUAAAAAUCUUAGUGGUACAUAUGACAUACAAAAUGUUGUUGUGAUAAAUCUCCACUUGUGGAGGAAGUAGUUAUUGCGGAUGAGAUUAAGUGCCUAAAACAAGAAUAAAGAGAAUCUGAGAGUGAUAUCACAAAAUUGUCAAGUUUAUAAUACUCAAAAUCAUAUAUAAUUAUAAAUUUGAUUGAUGCUUAAAAUAAAACUAAUAUUAUAUAGUGUAGUUCGAGUUUGGAGAAUAGUUCGGCUCAAAACCUAUUUUAAUCAAAUAUAUAUGACAAAAUUGAAAUAUGCAUCUGAAGUUGAGACUAAUGUAUAUUGAAAUUAAUGACUUCCUUGGUUAAUGACUCAAUUAGACUCCUAAUAAGGAAAGACAACCACUCCUACUUUUGAAACGAUGACUCAAAACCGAUAAGAGUACAUAAUACCCCACUGUAGAUUUCACCAUGGUACAAAGUACAAUUCAAUCUAAUGGAGAUCUGCCUGCCCGUGAUUAAAUCGGUCGGGGGCGGGGGAAUGGGUCAAAGCAUUUAUCCAAAACUGGAAAUUCCAUAACGUAAUGACAUAAAUACCCCUGCGUAAUUUCUAUUUAUGCUUGUUUCUCAACAAGAAUCGAGGACAUCAUCGGGUUUUCGAUUCUUGAUACAAUUAUGAAAAAAUUACUCUGGAAGAGAUAAUCUGAUCCCGCAAUAUGAGCCGUUGGAUACGGUGUACAUAGUUAGAUCACGUCGCGUAAACGUUGUACCAUCCAACGUACAGAAUACUCAGGACAGAACAAACGUGUUCUCUGAUUUCACUUUAACCUGUCACUAUUCUUUUUAAUAAUAAUUAUUAAAAAAAACAUAGUCUUGAUCUUGAUCCAUAACAAUAUCUUCUUCCUUCAUAAAUACAGUUGUUCACUUUCACUCUCUUCUCAAUCUUUUUUCUUCCUGCUCCAUUACCAUCACUCACUCCUCUCACAUUUUCGUUACUCAUUUUAUCAUAAAUUAAAAAAAAUAUGUUCGCAGUUGUUACUUAUUAGGUGGAAAUAACCAAAUCCACCAAAAAAACAUUUACUUAAAAGCCUUUCGAUUCAGUUACUGUGGCAUUAGGGAAGAACAUCUUCUAGUUUAGUAAUGACAGAGGCAGAUUUAGAGCAAGGAGCGGCGUACGGAUAUCACCGGCGAAGUGACGUCAGCAUAUAUUAUUCAGACGGAGAAGAAGAAGAUGUGACGUCAUGCUACUCUUACUUCUAUUCGACUACGACGGGAGGAACGUACGAAUACGAAGGAGGAGAGUCGAGGAAAGUGUCGUCGGUGAUGAGCAGUAGUUCACUGGAGAUGGAUGAUGGUGAUGGUGAAGCGACGGUGCCGCCGGAGAAAGACUGUAGGAUAUGUCACUUAGGGGUGGUGGAAACGAGCGGUGGAGGUGCGAUAGAGUUAGGAUGUUCGUGUAAGGAAGAUUUGGCUGUUGCUCAUAGACAAUGUGCCGAAACUUGGUUCAAAAUCAAAGGCGACAAAAUAUGCGAGAUUUGCCAAUCGGUAGCCCGAAACGUGGGCGGUGCGAACGAAAUGGUAGUGGUUACGGUGGUGGACGAGAGAGAGUUAAGGAACGGUGGAGGCGGCGAGGAAACGGCGGCCUUAGGAGCGAUAGAGAACAGAUGGCAGCCACAGAGACUGGUGAAUAUAGUGUUAGCUUGUAUGGUUUUUGGCUUUUUCAUUUCAUGGCUAUUCCAUUUUCAUGAUUCAUCUUCUUCAUGAAUCACUUUAUAUGCUCUUUGCAGGAACAUUUUAUCAGUUGAGUUUUUGAUUCUUUUUAUAUAUAAACAAAAAACCAUUUAUGUUAA